UGUUUUUUGUGCAAUAUGCCUAGUGAGAAUAGUAAGGACAGUGAUAAUGACAGUAGAGAGACGAGGGACAUUCCUGAAGUGAAUCUUGAUGAAAUCGCCAGAAGGGAGCAAGACGCACCUACCGAAGUCAUUUGUGCUAUUGUGAAGGGGCUGGACGCCAACCGCUAUGCGACAAAGAAGACCGUGGCCCAGGGCAUGCUGGACAUAGCCCUGCUCACCUCCAACGCGUCCCAGCUGAAGUAUGUGCUCCAAGUUGGGCCCAGACACGAGUUCUACACACUGUUGGUGGUCCUCAUCUCAAUUUCUAUCGUCUUACAGGUGUGCAUGGGCCUGGUGCUGCUCAGCCUGAACCUGCUGCGAGACUGUCGCCUGCACGACUCGCGCCACCACGCGUCGGCUGUCUUCAUUAACUAUGGCACCACGGGGGCCGCCGCUGCGGUCACCAUGCUCAACGUUCUUAUAUCCGCUUUUGACUCGAAUUUGGCUGCUUAUUUAGAGUAGUUGGAGAAAAGUGAGGAGAACGGUUGAAGGAGGAUGUACUUAAAUGUAGAUUUAACUUUGAAUAAUGCGGAAUAAAUUUUAUUUUGUGCUCUCUCGGCGCUCCCCCUGAACAUCGAGGAGAUAGGUAUAGAUGAGGUAUAGUUAACGCACCAUAGACAAUCAAGACUCAACGCAGACCUCCAUGAGACCUCCAACCUUCUUUCUUUCUUUCUUUCUAGCUCCUUGUCGGCCUCCUUUUCGUGAUAAUCGGAGGGCUGGACCUGAACGACCACGCAGACCAACCCUCGGCGCUGGUCCUCAAUGAUAUCAUCGUUAUAUUCAUAUUCGUCAUAUCAGUCAUCAAUAUUGUCAACUCAGCAUUUGGUAUCGAGUACUCGAACAGUCCUUUGGUGUUGGAAAGGCUUAAUGUUAUUAAUGUUGAAUAUUUAAGAAAAGUUAAUGCUUCUCUUGCGUAGACUCGAAUCGUAUUGAUAUUAGGUAGUACUUAUAGGUAUAAGGUUAGGUAGGGUAGGCAUACUUUACAAGUUUACAUAGGUUUUAUAAGAAAUUUGUCGUAACAAUUUGCCGUUAAUUAGUUAAGGUCUUUAUUAAAGUAAGUGUCACUAGUAAAGGAGAACGAUGUUACACAUAUUAUCCUAUCUCAGCUUGAGGGUGUUACAUCGGUCCAAAGUUUCGCUCCUUUUUAAACCAGAGAAAUAACGGAACUUUGUCGCUCGCAGGCAAGCGCGGGAGUUUUGGCUCUGACCAUCACAUUCCUGGACUCCGAAGACUCGGAGAACACA